AUGUGCAUCUUAUUUUGGACAGUUGACAAUCACCCCAAAUACCGCUUUAUAUUUGCAGCAAACCGAGACGAAUUCUUAAGGAGACCUACAGCAAGAGCUCAUUUCUGGAAAGAACCUCAUGACAAUGUCUUGGCCGGCAUUGACCUAGAAGCGAAGCUUUUAGGUACUUGGUUAGGCAUAACUAAACAAGGCCGGUUUGCAGCACUGACAAACUUUCGAGAACCCAACUUUCGAGGCCAAGUAUCUCGUGGGGUCUUGGUCAGGGACUUUCUUUGUGGAAACGAAUCCGUUCACGCUGCUAUUGACAAUGUGGUCAACCAUAAAAUCGAAUUCGGCGGUUUUAACUUGGUGUAUUUUGAUUUGAGUAAAAGUCCAACAGAUAUGGCAUAUUGCACAAAUAGGGAAGACCAACAGGUGAGAGAGUUGAAGCCUGGCGUCAUCUAUGGUCUUUCCAAUUCUAUCUUGACAAAUCCAUGGCCAAAGGUAAAAAAGGGAGAAGCGCUACUAGCCGACAUCCUGAAGAAAAACCCAGAAAGUGAUGAGGACACAAUGGUUGAAUUACUUUUUGAUUUAUUAAGAACAAGCGAGCCAAUGAAUGAUACAACAGAUAUUACACAGGUUUUCAGUGAUCUUUCAGAACGUAUCUGUAUCCCAAAAUUCGAUUUUCCUGCUGACUUGGCUGAGCCUACCUAUGCAACAAAAACCAGCACUGUGGUGUUAGUUGACCAUGAAAAUCGUGUAACCUUUGUCGAGCGUGAUUGGCAUGAUGAAAAUUUGUCACCAUUUUCUCCUGGUGCAUAUGAAGACAUAUCCUAUCGCUUUACAUUAGAAAAAUAA